CGUUUUACGCAGUAGUGGUUUCGAAGGUUUUUGUCCAAGUGUAGUCGCAGAAGCGAAAUCAUGCAUAAUGAGGCCAUCAGCGACGCAGACCUUGAGCAAGUUACUAUAAAUAGAGAAUGUUUAGGCAAGAUUCGUCAGCUACUAUAACUGAAAAUAUUUCAGCCUGUUGCAUUUACCACAUAGAUCUAGAACAGAAUAGGCCAGCCUAUUUAUUUCACAUUUUGAACAAAAUCUCGUGAAUUUUGCACAGAAGUUGAGGUUCUCAACUAAUUAUUGAAGAUGACAUCCCGUAAAGAAGAUAAUGCGAUUUUUCGCAUCCCGCCCUACUAUUACAUCCAUGUGUUGGACCAAAACACCAAUGUCACCAGAAUUGAGAUUGGUCCCCAGACCUUCAUUCGCCAGGAUAACCAAAGGGUUACUCUUGGGCCAGAGAAAAUGGUGGUUGUCCCACCUCGCCAUUAUUGCAUGAUUGAGAACCCAGUGUUCAGAGACAAAGAUGGCAAACCUGUCAUUGAUCAGCUGGGACAGACGAAGCUUCAGCAUGCAGAUCUGGAGAUUCGUCUCACACAAGAUCCCUUCCCCCUCUUUCCAGGGGAGGUUUUGAAACAGCCUGUUACGGCUUUGAAAGUGGUUCCAGCUAAUGCUGCUCUCAGAAUACGCGCAGUUCUCGACUAUGAGGAUGCUGAGGGAGAAAAACGCACAGCUGGAGAUGAGUGGCUCUUUGAGGGUCCAGGCACUUACAUUCCCCGUAAGGAAUGUAUGAUUGAAGAAACGAUACGGGCAACAGUCAUUGGACCAAACCAGGCCAUCCGACUGCGUGCCAGGAAAGAAUGCAUCGACAGAGACAACAUCCGACGUGUCACAGGGGAAGAGUGGUUGGUGAAGAGGACUGGUGCAUACUUACCAGGAGCAUACGAAGAAGUAGUCGAUCUCGUCAAUGCCUAUGUUCUCACUGAAAAGAAAGCUCUUCACAUGAGGGCGCUGAUGACUUUCAAAGAUGACUUUGGCAUUGUGCGCAAGAAUGGGGAAGAGUGGUUGAUCACAAUGACAGACACAGAGACGCACAUUCCAAAUGUGUAUGAGGAGGUGGUUGGUGUUGUGAAUAUCACACCAUUGAGCAAUCGUCAAUAUUGUGUGAUUCUGGAUCCCGUUGAUGAUAAGGGGAGACCACAGCUGGGCCAGAAGAAACUUGUCAAAGGAGAGAAAUCUUUCUUCUUAAUGCCUGGAGAGAAACUGGAGAAAGGAAUUCAGAAUGUCUACAUCUUGGGAGAAGAUGAGGGCCUCAUUCUCAGAGCCAAUGAAAGUUUUAUGGAUGGACAAAUCAAUCGCAAUCCAGGAGACCGUUGGAUGAUCAAGGGGCCUACGGAGUAUGUGCCUCCCGUGGAGGUGGAAGUCGUCCUGAAGAGGCAGGCUAUUCCUCUGGAUGAGAACGAGGGAAUUUACGUCAGGGAUAUCAAGAGUGGAAAGGUUCGGGCCAUUCAAGGCGAGACGUACAUGAUCAACCAGGAUGAGGAGUUGUGGGCCAAGGAACUCCCACCCACAGUGGAGUCCCUCCUGAGUGCCGGCAAGGACCCUCUGGCUGACCGCAGUGACAGGAAGUCAACUGACCACAGCCCCAAGACCCGAGACAAAACUCGAGUUGUGACCUUCCGUGUCCCCCACAAUGCCGCUGUCCAGAUUUAUGAUUAUAAGGAGAAGAAAGCCAGGGUCGUGUUUGGCCCCGAGCUGGUCAUGCUGGGACCGGACGAGCAGUUCACUCAGCUCAGUCUGUCCGGGGGGAAGCCCAAGAAGCCCAACUUGAUCAAAGCUCUGUGUCUGCUGCUGGGCCCCGACUUCUGCACAGACAUCAUCGUCGUGGAAACGGCCGACCACGCCAGGCUUUCGCUGCAGCUGUCGUACAACUGGCACUUUGAGACUCUGAGCAAAUCCCCGGAGGAAGCUGCCAAAAUUUUUAGUGUUCCCGACUUCACCGGUGACUCUUGCAAAGCCAUUGCCUCUCGCGUCAGAGGUGCUGUAGCACAAGUGCAAUUUGACGAUUUCCACAAGAACUCGGCAAAAAUCAUCCGCUCGUCUGUGUUUGGGUUUGACCCUAACAACAAGGUGCGGGACAAGUUUGUGUUCCCCCAGAACAACCUGGUCAUCACCAGCAUCGACAUCCAGUCCGUGGAGCCCGUGGACCAGAGGACCCGCGACGCUCUGCAGAAGUCUGUGCAGCUGGCCAUUGAGAUCACCACCAACUCACAGGAGGCCGCGGCCAGACAUGAAGCCGAGCGCUUGGAGCAGGAGGCCAAAGGUCGUCUGGAGCGACAGAAGAUCAUGGACGAGGCGGAGGCGGAGAAGGCCCGCAAGGAGCUGCUGGAGCUGCAGGCCAAUAGCGCGGCUGUCGAAAGCACCGGCCAGGCCAAGGCUGAGGCUCAGAGCCGAGCGGAGGCGGCCAAGAUUGAGGGAGAGGCAGCUGUGGAGCAGGCCAGGCUCAAAUCUCAGGCCACCAAGAUUGAAUCUGAAGCGGAACUGGAGCGUCUGACCAGCGCCCGUGAGGCAGAGCUGAAGUACCUCUCGGAGCAGAACAGGAUGGAGCUGGAGAAGGCCACGGAGAUGUCCAACAUCGAGACCACCAAGUUCAAGGAGAUGGUGGAAGCCAUCGGAACCCAGACCCUGCAGACCAUGGCUACUGCAGGACCUGACAUGCAGGUCCGCAUGCUGCAGUCUCUGGGUCUCAAGUCGACGCUCAUCACCGAUGGAUCGUCCCCGAUCAAUUUGUUCAACACGGCCUCAGGGCUCAUCGGGGGCCUGGUGCCCAAACGGCAUCGCGCCAGGGAUGAUGAUGACGAUGACGAGUAAGGCCUGACUUGUCGUCAAACUGGUGCAUAGAGUGGAGAGAUGUACAAGCAACGCGAGAAGGACAUCGCAGCUGUUGUGAAAAUUUUGUUAUCUUAUUUUAUUGUCAACUCCUCACUGGAUUUUGCACUUGUCGUAAACGUUUGCAUUUUAUUGUCAAUUCCUCACUGUAUUUUGCAGUUGUCAUAAAUAUCAUUAUUUUCUUAUCCAUUUACCUCAGUGAUAACUUCAUCAAGCCUUUUGAUUGACCCUUUAACGUUCUGUUGUGUUGUGAUAGUAAUAAAAGUUUGAAGGAUUUUCAUUUCCUCCCAUCUUUUUGCUUCUCAUAUUGAUGUCCGACAUAACUGAUAACUUUGAGUAACCAAGGUCAUAUGUAAAUGUAACAUGUCACAUCUGUAGAAGUGUUAUAUACUUAAUGUACAGAAAAACAUAAUUGUACUCAUAACUCAUGUGCUCUGACCCAUGGCUUGAGGCCUGUUGUUGUUAUUAGAUGUUAUAUUUUCAAGCAAGUUUGUAAUUUUUUAAAAGUAAAGUUUUGCGUGAUUUUUUAUAUGAUACUGUGAUAUCUCAAAGCUGACAAACACUUCUGGGUCCACUUGUACAUGUUGAUGUUGAGCUGUUUGUGUGCGGCUAUUAUCACAUUAUUGUUGGGGUAUAGCUGCUUGCACUUUUCUAAAAUAAAGUGUGUAUCAACUGCAAA